GUACUUGACGUUCGGACAUACGUUUGGAGACUGAAGUAUCGCGGCCUUUCAAGAAAUUGGCACGCUUCAGACAGGCUUCUGAAGCAGAGC